AGUCGGUUCUCCAUACAUUAGGAUCUCUCUGCUACAGGUGUAUACUGUGACUUCACGUAUUAUCUGGGCUUAAUAUGGACAUUCUUGGAUUAGUUGAUGUCCCCGCCUGGCUUCUGACCUUGUUUCUUUUGGUUUUGUCCAUGGUCUUAUAUUCGAAGUAUAAGCUGAGUUUCUGGAGCAGCCUUGGUGUGCCCCACCCAAAACCUACACUGUUCCUAGGUCACGCCCCCUUGAUGAAAGAUGGCAUUGGAGAAUUUGAUUUGAAGAUGUUGGCGGCGUACAACAAGGUAGUAGGGACAUACGGUCUUCAUAGACCCGAUCUCAUGAUACUAGACCCGGAGCUAGCACGUGACAUCUUGGUCAAGAAUUUUUCCAGAAUGCCAAACAGAUCGCAAUCUUUCAAAAGACAAAGUGACCUUAACUAUGGCCUUACAAGACUGGAGGGGGACAACUGGCGCUUCAUGAGGAACACAAUUUCUCCUAUAUUUGCAUCUGGAAAAAUGCGAAAGAUGGCACCAAUACUCAACCAAUCUUGUCAGAGGUUGCUGAAGAAUGUUGAGGAAGAAACGAAUCUCAAUCGUCCAAUUGAAUUCAAAAAAAUGUUUGGGAACUUCACAAUGGAUGCAAUUGCUGCUCUUGGAUUUGGAAUAGAUUUAGAUUUUUAUAAAAAGGAGCACAAUGAAUUUGCGAUGAAUGCAAAAGCAAUCUUCGAUAAUUUUUUGGGUUUUGGAAUGCUUCUUAAUGCCUUUAUGCCGCCUUUGUACAACCUUCUAUAUAAGUUAGGAGUUGACCUAGACAGACAAAGCAAGAACUAUAUUUUCUUUAAACAAUUGGUGGAACGAGCGACAAAAUUAAGACAGGAUAAUGAGGACAGGACAGAUCUCCUUCAACUUUUGUUGAAUGCUCACAGAGAUACAGAAACCAGUGACACGGAACAGUUACUUGAAUACGAAGACAAAAAAGGCCAUUGGAAAAAGAGAGGACUCACAAAGGAAGAACUCGGUGGGAAUUCCGUCAUGUUUAUGGUAGCCGGAUACGAAACUACUGCCACAACUUUAACCUUUACUGCGUAUUGCUUAGCAACGAAUCCAGAGUGUCAGGAAAAGCUGAUUGCGGAAAUUGAUUCAACCAUUGGACAGGACACUCCUGACUAUGACAACAUACAGAAGAUGGAGUAUCUUGACUGUGUUAUCAAAGAGGCACUGCGGGUAUAUCCCCCCGCUCAAAGGACAGUCCGGGAAACAAGUGAGGAAAUGGAGAUUGCGGGCUACACUAUACCGAAGAAUACAGAAGUGUCAAUCCCUAUAUAUGCCUUUCACAGAUGUCCAAAAUAUUGGGAAGACCCAGAGAAAUAUAAUCCUGACAGGUUUUUGGAGAAGAACAAGUCCAAAUUGACUCCAGGUACAUUCCUUCCGUUUGGACUCGGGCCGAGGUCGUGUGUAGCCAUGCGGUUAGCUUACAUGGAAGCCAAAUGUGCCCUGAUAACAAUUCUACAGAAAUACAAGUUCAUGACAUGUGAACAGACGGAGAUCCCUGCUCAAGUUGAUGCCAGAGCUAUUUUGAGACCGAAAAAUGGAAUCGUCUUGAAAUUGGAGAAAUGGAAACUACAUUAAAUGUGACAAACCUGUGAAAUCUCCAUUCGGAUAUUGAAGUAUGCAGUGCAUAUAUAAUUUGAAUUUCUGCUAAAUAGUAGAUAGCUAGAUAUAUACUUUUAUAUGUUUUAUUUGAAAUUACGAGUUGUUGUUAUAUUAACCUAGUUAUUUCGCGGUCCAACACUUUCUAUGACCCGUAUUGUACAGUAGACUUCCAUAAUAGUAAUAAUCUAUUUGUACUGUUUCUUUCACCACGCCCACAGCAUCAGAAAUGAAAGUGUUAUGUCUUUCGAUUAUUACCUUGAAUGAAGACGUUCAACGUUACAGUUGUCCAUAGCCCGGGUCAAAAGAUGUGACAUUUCAAAGCUAGAUGAGCGACACAUUUUCGAAUGGGACAUAAACAACAUUCAAACGGACAAACAAGACAUUGGUAUUUGAAAGAGACGUAACAUGCACUAUUCUUUGAUUGUUUAAACCUGGGUGGCAAGUUUAGCCGAAAGUUUGCCUGAAUGUCGCGAAACGUCAAAUACUAACAACAUAUUGUAAUUAGGGAAUCAGGUAUCAACAGAUGAUGCUUAGUCCUCAUCUCACCUUUGAUGAUUCCAAGGAUCCGUGUUUGUCCUAUUUUCAAUUUUGUUUUCUUUAUACGAUUUAUGAGAUUGAUCAUUAUUCGUUAUCAUCACUUAUCAUCUGGCACUGAUGCAUAAAGUUUAGGUGGGACUUUUAUUCCUGCGCCUAUCUGCUCUUCAAAGAUGUAUUUACAAUUUAAAACAUCAUGAUACGUGGGUGAACUAAAUGUACAUAAUUGUCCUUGAAAUGCUCUGCUGAAAAAGUGUAAGUUUGAAAACAGUAUCUUGCAUUAGUUGUGUGCGCCCCAUUCGAAAUUGUUGUUUUCGAAUCAGAUACCUAAAUACUUAUCAUUGAUUUAGGUCAAAGACUUUCUGCAAAUCUCAUCUAAAGAACUAACAUAAGAAGUCGUGAUAUACUCCAGAAUUAAGAAUACCCCUUCGGUUUGCAAGCAGGUAACAACAAAUCCUCACUGGAUUCCAUAUCGUAGGCGAGCUAAUAUAUUGUCAUAUUCUUAAACAUCUGUCAGAAAAUGAAAACGCCUUUAUUAAAAUUCAUCAUCUACUUCAUCUACUGCUCAAUAUAAACUUGUAUAUGGUAAACGGUUUGUUUAAAAAGGUAUAUUAUAUGAUAAGAAAUUAAGUUCACGCCAUACAGUUUCAUCAUUUUAAUUUCUGAUGUAAUGUUAAUCAACCAUAUCAUCUCAAAUCGUCUGAUGUAAUCUUCAUCAUGUUACGGGUUAGUAUAAACCCAAAGACCGCCAUUAAAUGUACUUCAAUCCCCGGAUGUAAAAAUCUAUGUGACAUUACCACACAGUUUAUAACAUUUAUAUACUCUAUAACAUACAGUGUUACGGUAAGGAAGGUCAGAUCAUCUCUCUAUUUACACCCAUUGUUCUAAAACUUGACCGUCUAGAAUCUUGUCUAGGUCAAAUGUGUCAAUCAAGUAGAAUGUAUUACACAAGAAAUUUCCAUAUCAUCUCCAAUCUAAAUCUAACAGGACGAUGUCAUUAUAUCUCAUAGCAUAGAGAGCAUAGCGGAAUUAUAUACCAUGUCUAAUACGUCCAGGGGUCUGUGUUUACCCUUUACACUUUAACCUUGGCCAUAAGUUUUGAACGGUUAGUGAUAGGGCUUUCGUAUUUCACAUUUGAAUUCCCUGUGGCCUGGGCUGCGUUUAAGAUCGUAGCGGCUAGUCUAGGGGCUAUUUUACAAUGUGUUGUCUUUUCGUUAUUUUGAGGCAAAAAGUAGAUAAUAUCAUAAUUUUUGUUUUUCGUUAUUUCGUCGGGGUGAAAAGUCUCUAAAUAUCGUUUUGUUGUCCUUUCGCCUCGAAAUAACAAACAGACGAUAAAGUGUAAAUGACACAAAUCAGCCAUCAUACCUAGUUCCUAGGCAAGGCACUGCGAUCUUGUACUCAGCCCAGAUCUUUCGUUAGGUAACAAACUGUUUGAUCUCAUGACCUUGACCUUAUAGGCCUACUUAUGAAAAAAGUUAGCAUAGGCCAUCACUUGAAUGGUUAGUGACAUUGUGUUUCAUGUUCACAUAUGUUCAUUGUCCCAAGACCUUUGAGUACCAGAAUCGCUUUGUUGCCGUACGGGAAUCAGUGUUUGCAAACAAAUCUUGUUAUGUUAUGACCUUGUGAAUGUUAGAUAUACGAUAUCAUAUAACAUUACUUAGAUUUAUAUAGGAACAUCUACAUUAUCACCAGAUUGUAAAAUAUUCAUAGUUUACAUUCUAUGGUGUAGGAGUUAUGAGAUUGAUCACUGUUCGUUAUCUUCACCUUGCAUAUAUUUCAUUUUGUGUAUCUAGAUUCUAUAAAAAUAAAUGAUAUAAUAUCAUUCAA